GUAAUUGGCGUGAAACCCUACUGUAACAGGCUGGGUAGUACUUUGUCCGUUUUGGCGUGUUUGUUUAUAUAAAAAGACAACCUCUGAAUAGAAUAGAAGUGUUUUGAGCUGUAUUGUGUGCAACAUCACAGUUUUCUGUCGCCAGAACUAAUCGAGUUGUCCAUGUUAUGUUAAGUCUCUUUCAAUAUAAGAAAUAAUAGGUCAGUCCUUAAAAUGUAUAAAUCUUUUUUUAAUAGUAUCCUUUCGUCCACUGGCUGCGGGUCCCUCUUUGAGCGCCGCUCGUUAUAAUUAGCCUACAUCUCAGUUGCAACAGCACGGAUUGUUUUACAUUUAACUAAUGUUCAUAUAUUGAUUGUGCGCAUCACAGGAGGACGCAGGUAUAAAUGUUUAUCUCUCUUCAGGGCAGGGUGUUCUGAAACGAUGGCGCUACACCUUUAAAGCGCCCGCUUUCCAACAAGUAGCUUCCCGCUGCUCCCAAAGGUGCUCUUUCGCUUCCCGGCGCCCGACGUGACAGAAAUCAGUGGCACCGGCUAGACGCUACGAUUAGGAGCCGUCACAGUGGAGCUGUGAGCGUUAAUAAGCCCCAGCCCCAUCCCCAUCCCAUCCCAUCCCCAUCCGUCCGUGCGCCAUGCGUGCUGGAGCGAGGCAGCUGCGCCCGGAGUGAGCGCCGUGCAUCGGCAAAGGUGGCAGCGUGAAGCAAAUAGUUUGCUGGAAACAUGUCCAGGAAAAAGGCAGGCAAAGCGAAGAGCAACCCGAGCGCGUCGCCCAAAAGCAGGGAGAGCGCUAAGCGCAGCGGAGGCGCUGGGAGCAGCGGCGAUGCGCAGCCUGACGGCGCGGUCCGGCCGAGCAGACCGUCACUGAGCAGCAGCGGCGAGUUUUACGACCUGGCGUUUAAGGUGAUGCUGGUAGGGGACUCUGGCGUGGGCAAGACGUGCGUGCUGGUGCGCUUCAAAGACGGCGCCUUCCUGGCCGGGAGCUUCAUCUCCACCGUGGGCAUCGACUUCAGGAACAAAGUGCUGAACAUCGACGGGGCAAAGGUGAAGCUGCAGAUCUGGGACACGGCUGGACAGGAGCGAUUCCGCAGCGUCACACACGCCUAUUACCGUGACGCCCACGCUCUCCUGCUGCUCUACGACGUCACCAACAAAUCGUCUUUUGACAACAUGCAGGCUUGGCUGACGGAGAUCCAUGAGUAUGCCCAGCAGAACGUGGUGCUGAUGCUGCUGGGCAACAAGGCCGACGCUGCACACGAGAGGGUGGUGAAGAGGGAGGAGGGAGAGAGGCUGGCCAAGGAAUAUGGCGUUCCUUUCAUGGAGACCAGCGCCAAGUCGGGCAUGAAUGUGGAGCUGGCCUUCACCGCCAUCGCCAAAGAGCUGAAGCACAGGACCAUGAAGGACGAGGGCGAGCAGAAGUUCCAGCUGCAGGAGUUCGUCAAGAAGGAGACCAGGAGCACCGGCUGCUGCGGGUUCUAGGCCCGAGGAGGCGUGGAGCGUGUGUGUGCAGAAAUGUGUGUGUUUGUCACCCCCCCCCACCUCCCCACCCCUGGCCACAGAUGUAACUCUGUCCCUUCCAGAAUUUGGAUGAUGGGCUUUAUGGGGAGACUGGUCUGUGAAACCCCCCCCCCC